AUGUCUGCUCCACACGGGCCCCGGGGCGGCCCUGGCCCUGCUGCUGCUGCUCCCUCAGCGGCCGGCGCCAUGCCGGAGAUGCCGGACCUCAGCCACCUCACCGAGGAGGAGAGGAAGAUCAUCCUCGGUGUCAUGGACCGACAGAAGAAGGAGGAAGCGAAGGAGCAGUCUAUGCUAAAGAUCAAAGAAGAACCAAAGCCUCAGCCGGCACAGUGGUUUCCCUUUAGUGGGAUCACUGAGCUGGUAAAUAACGUUCUUCAGCCCCAGCAAAAGUCCCCAAAUGACAAGGAGCCAGAGCAAAAUGCGAAGUUGCACCAGCAGUUUGAAUCAUAUAAGGACCAGGUUAAGAAGAUGGGUGAGGAGUCAAAGCAGGCUCAGGACCAGAAGAGCGAAGCUCCAACCUGCGGGAUAUGCCACAAAACCAAGUUUGCCGAUGGCUGUGGCCACAUCUGUUCAUAUUGCCAAACGAAAUUCUGUGCUCGGUGUGGAGGACGAGUGUCUCUGCGGUCAAAUAAGGAGGACAAAGUGGUUAUGUGGGUAUGCAACUUGUGCCGAAAACAACAAGAAAUCCUCACCAAAUCAGGGGCAUGGUUCUACGGCUCGGGGCCUGGUCAAGCACGGGGUGUGUUUGAGGGUGGGCCGCAGGGGAAGAAGGCCAAACUGCAGGACCCGUCCCUAUACCCCUACCAGGGAGCCUCAGGAGACUUGACACCAGUGUCAGACAGAAACAGACCUCACGGCGGGCUCCUGCCCAGACAGGCGUCCCUUGACAACGGUUCAGGGCUAAGGAAAAGAAGCCCAUCUGCAUCCAGGGAUCCAAACCAAAAAUACGACCAAAGGGAGGGGGGUGACCAUUCACAGUAUGCCCCGACGGACGGCGGCAUGCCCAGAUCACCGUCUGACUAUGGGGAUGGGGACCCUCGGCGGGCUCCGCGGGGCCCACACAUCUACACAGACAUGGAUGCAGCACGAAUGGGCUAUCGGGACCGUCGGGGCCCCAGUCGCUGGCACUCACAGGAAUACCCGCUUGACCAGGAGCUAGAUGGACCGCCCAGUGAGUAUGAUCUCCAGCGGCAGCGCCAGGAAGAGUUCCAGGCCCGCUAUCGCAGCGAUCCCAAUCUGGCGCGCUACCCUGUGAAGCCGCAGCCCUACGAGGAGCAGAUGAGGAUGCACGCUGAAGUGGGCCGGCUAAGGCACGAGCGUCGCCACAGCGACGUCUCCCUCGCCUACACGGAGCAAGAUGAGCCCAGCCCCAUCCGGCUGUCCCGCCAGCUUCUCACAGAGCGCCGGCCGCCUAUGGUGGGACAGCGCUCCUACUCCGUUGACCGCUCCUCACCGGGGCCCGUGGGUCCUGGCCUCGGAGGCCACAGAGGAAACCAUAGCCCCCCAACGCCACACCGCAGUCCUGUGCUGGGUGACCGGUCAGGGGACCUGCGAAGAGGAGACCUGGGGGUAGGUGGGGAUAUGAUGAGAAGGCAACAGCACCACUUGGACCCCAGUUCAGCUGUCCGCAAGACCAAGAGGGAGAAGAUGGAGAGCAUGUUGAGGAACGACUCUCUUAGCUCAGACCAGUCGGAGUCAGUGCGCCCGCCACCCCCCAAACCCCACAAAACCAAAAAGGGAGGGAAGAUGAGGCAGGUGUCCCUGAGCAGCUCCGAGGAGGAGCUGGCCACCACACCAGAGUACACCAGCUGUGAGGAUGUGGAGAUAGAGAGUGAGUCAGUUAGUGAAAAAGGGGACAGUCAAAGGGGAAAAAGAAAAACUAUUGAGCAGUCAUUUAUGUCCGAGCCGACACACACCUUAUCUGAGAGGCAAAAGAAAAUGGUGCGCUUUGGGGGACACUCAUUUGAAGAGGACUUGGCAUGGUGUGAACCGCAGGUUAAAGACUCGGGAGUUGAUACGUGCAGUAGCACUACCCUAAACGAGGAGCAUAGCCAUAGUGAGAAGCACCCAGUGACGUGGCAGCCAUCCAAAGAUGGGGAUCGCCUAAUAGGGCGUAUUUUGCUCAACAAGCGCAUGAAAGAUGGAAGCGUGCCUCGAGACUCAGGUGCUCUGCUCGGUCUGAAGGUGGUGGGAGGCAAGAUGACAGAAUCUGGUAGACUUUGUGCUUUCAUCACUAAAGUGAGGAAAGGAAGUCUAGCAGACACUGUUGGACACCUCAGACCAGGCGACCAGGUGCUGGAGUGGAACGGGAAGCUUUUACAAGGAGCCACAUUUAAAGAAGUUUACAAUAUCAUACUAGAAUCCAAGCCUGAGCCGCAGGUGGAGCUGGUGGUCUCGCGGCCUAUAGGAGAUAUUCCAAGGAUACCAGACAGCACACACUCACAACUGGAAUCAAGUUCGAGUUCUUUCGAGUCUCAGAAGAUGGAUCGUCCUUCCAUCUCUGUCACAUCUCCUAUGAGUCCCAGCAUGCUGAGGGAUGCCCCCCAGUACCUGUCAGGACAGCUCUCAAGCCAAAGCCUUAGUAGAAGAACACCGCCUUUUGCCCCUAGGGUCCAGGUCAAACUGUGGUAUGACAAAGUGGGCCAUCAGCUAAUCGUCACCAUCCUGGGUGCCAAAGACCUGCCACCCAGGGAAGAUGGCCGGCCCAGGAACCCUUAUGUCAAAAUCUACUUCCUCCCUGACAGAAGUGACAAAAGCAAGAGGAGAACAAAAACGGUAAAGAAAUCCUUAGAGCCCAAAUGGAACCAGACCUUUAUGUAUUCGCCGGUGCACCGGCGGGAGUUUCGGGAGCGCAUGCUGGAGAUCACGUUGUGGGACCAAGCCAGGGUGAGGGAGGAGGAGAGCGAAUUCCUGGGAGAGAUCCUGAUUGAGCUGGAGACGGCUCUUCUUGACGACGAGCCACACUGGUACAAGCUACAAACGCACGACGUGUCCUCCAUCCCACUCCCACGUGCCUCCCCGAAUGCACAGCGCAGGCAGCUCCAUGGAGAGAGUCCAACGCGGCGACUGCAGAACAAAGGCUCUUAUUCACACAACUCAGGAUCCCAGAGGAUAAGUGACAGUGAGAUCUCAGACUAUGACUGUGAAGAUGGCGUUGGGGUAAUAACAGAUUACCGGCCAAAUGGCAGAGACUUCCAGAGCUCCACAUUGUCGGUCCCCGAACAGGUCAUGUCGUCUAACCACUGCUCUCGGUCAGCUGACAUAAACCGGGUGCGGUCGCGCUCUCCCAGCGUACCCCCACCCUCCAGCCGCAACCAUCGUGUGUAUCCGAUCUGCCGAGAAGAAGCAGUCAGGUUACUGCGUUCCACUAGGAUGACCCGUGCCUAUUCAGAGGGCGCCUACUCCUCCGACUAUGACUACGAGAGGAGCCACGGAGCCAUGGAUAGACACGAGUAUCACAGCAGGUCCCGCUCUGCAGACCAACGACCCACUAUAGAGCGCCCCACAUCCCGCUCGCGCUCCACUGAACGCCCCCACGACUCUUCGCUCAUGAGGUCCAUGCCUUCUCUGCCAUCUGGGAGGUCCGCCCCCCCCUCACCUGCCUUGACGAGGGCACAUCCUCGUAGUGGAUCCGUCCAGACUAGUCCCACAAGCACCCCCGUGUCCAGCAGACGAGGUCGCCAACUCCCACAGCUUCCGCCCACGGGCAAAGACAGAAGUAUGGACAUGGAGGAGAGGACCAGACAGAUGAAACUAAAGAUGAACAAGUACAAGCAGGGAGCUGGUUCUGACUCGAGACUGGAGCAGGACUACCACAAGCGUUCAGGCAGAGAUCCACGGGGCUCCGACAACUUGUCAGCCAAGUCAUCGGACAGUGAUGUAAGCGACGUGUCCGCUGUGUCGAGAACCAGUAGUGCCUCUCGGUUCAGCAGCACGAGCUACAUGUCUGUCCAGUCAGAAAGGCCGCAAGGAAACCGCAAGAUCCGCCAGUUGCGAUCAAGGAGCCAUUCUCAGGAGGGGGAUGAGCAGUUAGGAGAAGUGAGAGAGGAAGAGGAGGCAGGAGAGAAAGGGAGAGGGGCUAGUAAGGAGGGGAGGGUGCAGCGUGAGAGGAAGGGGUCAGAGGGGAAGGUAGACACAGACAAAGAGCAUCAGGAGGAUUUGGUGGAGAAAGAAGAGGACUUGCACCAAAGGAGUAUCUCAGAGACUGACCUCAGUGACUUUGCAUCCAAAAUGAAAAACAGGCAGAUGGGCUCAUCAGGUGGGAUGAACAUGACCAAGAGCACAAGCAUCAGCGGCGACAUGUGUAACCUGGAGAAGACGGAUGGCAGCCAGUCAGACACAGCAGUUGGCACGGUAGGCACUGACGACAAGAAGAGGCGCUCCAGCAUUGGUGCCAAAAUGCAGGCCAUGGUUGGCAUGUCGCGCAAGAGCCGGAGCACCUCUCAGCUCAGCCAAACAGAAGCGGGAGGUAAAAAGUUGCGCAGCACCAUACAGAGGAGUACGGAGACAGGCCUGGCGGUGGAGAUGAGGAGCAGGAUGACUCGGCAGGCCAGCAGGGAGUCCACAGACGGCAGCAUGAACAGCUACAGCUCCGAGGGAAAUCUCAUCUUCCCUGGUGUGAGGCUCUCCUCAGAUGCCCAGUUCAGCGACUUCCUGGAUGGUCUUGGCCCUGCUCAGCUGGUUGGACGACAGACGUUGGCUACUCCACCUAUGGGCGACAUCCAGAUUGGCAUGGUGGAGAAGAAAGGUGCGCUUGAGGUCGAGGUCAUCAGAGCCCGUGGCCUUGUGGGAAAACCAGGUUCUAAGGCACUGCCAGCACCGUAUGUAAAGGUCUACCUUUUGGAAAAUGGAGUCUGCAUAGCCAAAAAGAAAACUAAAGUAGCAAGAAAAACCUUGGAUCCUCUUUACCAGCAGCAACUGCCGUUUGAGGAGAGUCCAGGAGGGAAGGUUUUACAGGUCAUCGUAUGGGGUGACUAUGGACGUAUGGACCAUAAAUCAUUCAUGGGAGCAGUUCAGAUACUGUUAGAUGAGCUGGACCUGUCCAACAUGGUGAUUGGCUGGUACAAGCUCUUUCCUCCUUCCUCACUGGUGGACCCCACUCUGGCCCCACUGACAAGAAGAGCUUCCCAAUCCUCGCUGGACAGUUUCUCUCGAUCAUAGCAGCGUGUGGACUGAUAGCGUUGUUGUAGCAGCCAGUGUUGCGAUUACAGGUCAUGCCCCCCGGUUACACUGCAUGCUUGAUGUUGUGUCUUCUGAGCCUGUUUCUAGGGGUGCAAACAUGAUCCUGUGUUUUGAGCAAAAACGUUGCGCACAUUGUGCACGUGGCGACGCGUGUCGCAAGCGCCUGGCAGCAGGGAUUGUCGGGUAUUGUUGUUGUUUGGAGGAAGCCGGAAUGAACUCCUUAGCACGAGGAAUCCAUCAAUUCCAGGUUUUCUUCCAAUUCGAAGCCAUGGGGGUCAACACUGGGAACCACUAAAUGAGUUCUACAGAAGCCCUUUUCGAAUGAAAAAUCAGUGUGUUGCUUUGAUUUCUUUUUCUUUCUUUUUUUUUUCUUUUCAUUUGUUUUCCUUUUUUUCUUUAAAUGUCAGUGUACUCGUAUCUGAAGGGGGGGUGACAGUGUUUCUAACCAGAUGCUUGGUCACGCCACGCCAACAGACCUAGCUGUGUAGAUGGAGUUUUGGAGACCAUCACUUUGAGUGAGGUGUGUCCCAGCUUGUAACCACACUCCCACAAACCCCCCAAAAGAAAAGCCCCGUAUACUCUAUACUCCAAUCCGUAUACUCCAAUCAACCCACACGGUAAGGCACCGUAAAAUAUUAAUCAGAGGCAACGUUAAAGUGGCUACCAUCGGCACUCCAAAAAAAAUAAAAAUACAGUAACAAUCCCAAACUCCAUGAAAAGAUGUACAAUCCUACCAUAAUUCUUUCUCUGUUGAUAUAUUGUAUGAAAAUUAAAUUAGAUUUUUUUUUUCCCUUUUUAGUUUGUUUGCAUGGACACAAAUUUAGCUGAAUAAAAAAAGAAAAAAGAAAAUUAUUUUCUUGAGGCUGUAACUUGCAAAAAAAAAGAGAUGAAAAAUAAAAAUAAACAGAUCAGCCAUUUUCAACAAUUUAUAUUAUUUUUAAAGAAAAUUUUCACUAGUGCAUGGUUUUCAAGGGAGUGAAUGCAACAUCGUGAUUACAAAAAAAAAAAAAAA